ACCUAUCCAGUCACCAGUAGUGAGUAAUCAGGAUGACCAACAACGGAGUGCCGCGGUGCUUCAAAGUGACUGCCAUCGUAGGGGCCACGUUUACACUGUACCUGCUCUUACUGAAUCACGAUCUGGGCUCCUACUUGGGGCCUCUGACGCCGAAAAAGCCCCUCCUUCUGAUGCCCAAGAUACAGAACGUACAGACACCUGCUGCUUCGUCUCCGUCGGCCUCGCCCUCCACCCCUGCGAGUCACGAGGACGAGGAUGUUGCUCGGAGGUUUCAUGAACGGGAGGAGCUCGCGGAGGAGAUGUGCCGGAAGAUGAACACCAGUGGGAAAAUACUAACAAAUUACUUUAUGUAUUACAACAAGGAGUACAAGCUUCUUUUGUGCGCUCCUCCUAAGGCAGGCUGCAGUUCGCUGAAACGCCAUCUGUUGCGUUUAGCGGGAGUUCCUGACACGGUUAAUGUUCACUCGAACCAGGCAAGAAGAGCCAUAUCAGUUAGACAGGUCUUAGGGACUGACUUAUAUAAAGUACUGCAAUCUACAUUCCCUGCAACUCGGGCCAUGAUAGCUAGGCAUCCCUUGGACCGCCUCGUGUCUGGCUACAAAGACAAGUUCAGAAAUGGGAAUCUGGUCACUGGCAUGUGGGCGAACUACUUGACGAGGUACAGGGAGCGUCGUGGAUUCAACACAAGCAACAUGACUUUAACCUUCCACCAAUUCCUGGAAAUGAUUGCAAACAUAAUGGAAACAUUUGGGAGAAACCGCAUUGACCGGCACUUCCGCGCAACCACCCUCCUGUGUUCCCCCUGCAGCGUUAAAUAUGAAUACAUAUUCCACACUGACACUCUCACGCAAGAUCUUCAGUACAUCGUGGAUAAACUCAAUAUCGAAAGCAUCGAUCUUGAUCUACGUUUGAACAAUAGGACACGAGAAUCUUCGUAUGAGAGUUAUUAUAAAAAUAUUCCUGCUAGUCUAAUGAGAAAGAUAUACGCACUCUACAAGGAAGACUUUCUUAUUAAUAACUUUACACUACCUCCCUUCUUGAGAGGUGUAAUCCAAGGUGAUAAUGUAUAAAUGUUACGGGACCAUCGUGUACAAAAGUACUACGGUGUACAUAAAUUAUAAUUCAGUGUCUGAUUCUAGAAUAUUUUCAAAUCCCGUUAUGAUGCAAUAAAAGUUAUUUCAUCAACCAUAAACUUUAUAUUAUAUCUAGAAAUUGGCUAAAUCAUUUUUUUAUGAUUUAUAUUGACACAAUUUCAAGGAUAACCUAUCAAUUUAAGAGUAUUUGCUAGCGAAUCUCCGAACAUGAAUAAGCAAAGCAAGUCUAAGCUACAUGUCACUGUAUUCAUUUAUUUAAUUUUGAUACACUUAAUAACUUUCUCAUUCAAAUGAACUGAACUUUGGUCAACAUAUCGAAAGCGGAUGAACAGACCAUUGUAAGACUUCUAACGUCAUAAUUACUUCCCCAUUCAACUAACGUGUUCAACGAGCCAUAUCAGGAACGGAUUACGACAAGACCUCAUGACCGAGGGAAGACUGUCGCAGUACGCCUCUCCUGUGUGGAUUUUCGCCAGUUGGGUUUCCAAGGACAAGAUUAUGAGUUAUCGGAGGUACUUGUGAUGCACUCCUUACCCAUCUCUUCAUGGGAAUCCUCAAAACACACCACUACUGUAACGUGAUGUCGUGGGUAACUAUGCAUUGCGGAAACGAUAUGUUAUCGGCGUUUUGCCGUGGUGCCAAGAUAAAAACUCGCAACGGAAGG